GCUGCGUAGUUAAUUCUAUAAAGGGCAGUCAUUGUUUGAGUCGGUUGGCCCUCAAGACGGCUAUGGUUAUGGGGAAAGCAAAGUUGUCAAAACCUCUCAUCUUCCAAUCAAAACUUCUCUGUAUCUCUUUGUUAUACCUCAUCACCACCCUCUUUCUAGCUCUCUACACCUCCAUCUAUCCAACCAAAUGUCUCUUCAGAUCCUCUCCUUUCGAUCCAAUUCAGACUCCUUUCUUCUCUUACCCUUCUUCUUAUGGCGAACACAAGUACGUGAUUCCCACACAUCGCUCUUCUUGCUCCUCCCCUAUUUAUUUCUCUGAUUAUUGGAUGGUUUUGAAGGAGAUCCUACAAUUGUGUCAGAAUUCAUCAGUUUCAUCCCAUGCAUUGCGGUAUAUGAAAGGAAACAGUAAGAAUUUUGGUGGGAAUUUCGGUACCCAGAAAAGGAUUUCCUAUUUCGAUCUUUUAAAUGACAGUGUAGAGGUUCCUUGUGGGUUCUUUAAGAGGUUCCCGGUCAGUGAUUCUGAUAGAAUGGCGAUGGAGAGUUGUCACGGAGUUGUUGUAGUCUCGGCAAUCUUCAAUGACCAUGACAAAAUAAGGCAGCCGAAAAGCCUUGGAUCCAAAACUCUAGAUAAUGUGUGUUUCUUCAUGUUUGUGGAUGAUAUUACCCUAAAAGGACUGGACCAUCACGAAGUCAUAUCAAGAAACUCCCAUGAAUACAAUGUAGGUGUAUGGAGAAUUAUUAAGGUCUCAAGCAAGGAUUUGUACGAUAAUCCAGCUAUGAAUGGGGUGAUCCCCAAAUAUUUAGUUCAUAGACUCUUUUCAAACUCAAAAUUUAGCAUUUGGGUUGAUGCAAAGCUGCAACUAAUGGUAGAUCCGUUGAUAUUGAUCCAUGCUUUGGUCGUGUCAGAGAAAGUGGACAUGGCUAUUUCAAAACAUCCAUUCUUUAUUCAUACCAUGGAAGAGGCGCUGGCAACCGCUAGGUGGAAGAAAUGGAAGGAUGUUGAUGGUUUGAGAAAUCAAAUGGAGACUUAUUGUGAGAACGGAUUGCAGCCAUGGACACCGAAGAAACCCUACCCCUCAGAUGUACCAGACAGUGCUCUUAUCCUGAGGAAGCAUGGACUGAAUAGCAAUCUAUUCUCUUGCCUUGUAUUCAACGAGCUGGAAGCUUUUAACCCGAGAGACCAACUGCCCUUUGCGUACGUUAGAGAUCGUAUGAAACCGAAGCUCAAGUUAAACAUGUUCGAGGUGGAAGUGUUCGAGCAGGUGGCGUUGGAGUACAGGCACAACCUUAAAAAAAAAGGGACUAGCGCCGGUGGAAUUCCCAGUUCUAAAAGUGUCAGCAAUGAUUUGUAUAUUAAUAGCAGUUGUUGUAGCAAGUGCCAUAACUAUCUUUUGGAAAUGUGGGGUGAAUCCCAUAAUUGAUCU